AUGCCCAGGGCUCAGUAGCCUGAGGACAGCAGUGCAGCUGACAUGGAUAUUCUCUUUCCUCUGAGUGUUAUUGAUACAGAGCUGUGCCCCAGCCCUGUUCCCCAGAUCAUCCAUCUCAUCCUCUUCGUUGGGUUUAGCCUGGUGUUCCUCAUCAUCUUAAGCCCCUACUUUCCCAGGGAGCCGUCCUCAGUGCCUCCCAGAGAGGAGAACAGCGAGAACGAUCAAGGUGAAGUGGGGGAAUGGCUCAGGAUCGGAAAUAAAUAUAUCACCUGGAAAGAUUGCAGAAGUCUCUUGAAAGAAUUGGAGAACCUUGAGUUCUACACUUUCCUGUCGAAAAAGUGCCUGAGGAAGCUCCUUGUUGAGGGCAGCUCCCAUCACCUUCCACGCCAAGCCCGCUCGGGGUCAGUGUACAAACGAACGUCUGUGAGGAACCACCGGCCACGUGGGGGACGUGGGAAAGCUUCUCCCACCAGAUUCCAUGUGUCCCCGCGGGCUCCCCCGGCUCCUCUGGCCUCCGCGCCGUCAUCAGUCCUGAAGACCUCUGUAGGGUCCUUUGAGUCUCUGUCAUCCCUGAGCUCCUCCAAGCCACCAGAGCCUUUGCAUCCCCUGAAGCAGCCUUCACACCAGCCACCUGUGAGCACCCUAUCACCAAACAUGACCACCUCCGCAGAAUCCUUGGGGGAGACCCCGCAUGAGGGCAGGUGGAGGCAGGGACCCCUCUUCCCUCAGCUUGGAUGUGCCAACACUGCUGGACGCACAAGACACCAAAAUCCCAGACACUCCCAUGGACACGGCAUCGACAUCCAGGAACAAUUGGGAAUCUCCUGA